UCAGCCAAUCAGCGGCGGCGCGGGGCGUUUGAACGGGCGGGAUGAGCGGAGCCUGUGCCCGCGAGCUGCCACCGCUGGAUGUGGCCCGGGGGUGUCACCGCUGCCGCGGGCUCGUGCGGCGGGGACAGGAGCCGCUGGCGCUGCAGAGGAGCCGGAGCCCCGCGCAGGAGCCGGGGUGGCCCCGCAGGGCCCUGUCCUUCCUGAGCGAGGAUGGCAGCGGUGACAGCGACUCCUGGGUGGCGCUUGGGGACAUUCCCGAGGCCGGACCCCUCAGCAGCACCCGCAGGUCCCAGCUGGACGGAACGGGGGACAGCGCUGUCCCCUGGCCGUGUCCCCAGGAGCCCCGCGGGGACAGCGCUGUCCCCUGGCCGUGUCCCCAGGAGCCCCGCGGGGACAGCGCUGUCCCCCUGCCACCCCUGGCCUCCAGCACGCUGCUCUGGGACCGCGACCAUCCCCAGGAGCCACCCCCGAGCGCUUUGGGGACAAGGACAGGAUGUCGCCUCCCUGUCCCCUGUCCCCGUGUCGCCCCCGGUGUGUCCCUGAGGCGGCACCAAGGAGGGAUUUUGGGGACACGCGCGAUGUCCCCGAGGUCCCCCCUGGCCCGCGGUGGCUGCUCGGUGGCACCCGGGAGCUGCGGUGGCACCGCGGGUGACAUCCCCGGGGGGUGGCGAGGGGCUGUCCCCAACACGGGGGUGACAGAGCCGGGGCGUGGGGACCGCGCUGGCUUUGGGGACACUGGGGACAGCGACAGCCUUGGGGACAGCGGCGACAGCUUCGUCAGCGCCCGCGAGGUAUGA